AUGCCGACUACUGUUGAACUUCUCCAGCUCGAAGCAACUGUUCCUGAUUUAGGCCAUAACUUGCUAUUCGGGCAUACGUUCGGGUCAGUUGCAGGGUUAGCCUCGAUUCGUCUGCUCAAUCUCUCGAGCGAUUCCUUCUCAGGGAAACUCAUUGAUUUUGGCAAAUUUCCCAAGCUUUUUGCAUUGAACAUAUGUAACAAUGUGUUCGCUAGCCCAAUCAACUCCAUGGUUUGCAACUUAUCUAAUGGAAUUCUGGUUUUAGAUAUGUUGGCUAAUAAAUUUACAGGUGGGCUUGAAGACUUAGAGAAUUUUGGUACAUCUCUGAAGCGGCUCCAUUUGGACAUUAUUUAUAUUUCUGAGCAUCUUACGAUUUCGUCCUACAAUUUUUCGGGCAAGCUAAGAAUUAAAAUAAGUGCACUUUCUAAUCUUAAAAACUUUGUCAUGUUUGGCAAUAGGUUUUCCGGUUACUUUCCUAAUGUGUUCAGUAACUUAACUGGACUCGAGCAACUUGUUGUGCAUUCGAAUUCGUUCUUGGGCCCACUAUCCUCGACUUUGGCCUUCUGUAACAAGCUUCGUGUGCUUGAUCUUUGA